AUGGAUCCUCAGGCUUUCAUCAGGUUGUCGAUAGGCUCCCUUGGACUGAGGAUUUCUGGAACAACUUUAAAUUCUGAAAAAUCUGGAAUCCAGGCAUUCACUUCUCCAUGCUCAUGUGAGAUACGACUUCGAGGUUUCCCUGUGCAAACAACAGCAGUCCCUUUGUUAUCCUCACCUGAAGUGGCACCUGACAUUCACAGUAUUGCUUCAAGCUUUUAUCUUGAAGAAUCUGAUCUGAAAGCAUUACUGGCACCUGGCUGUUUUUAUGCCAAUCAUGCAUGUCUUGAGGUUGCUGUUUUCACUGGGAGAAAGGGUUCACAUUGUGGUGUUGGCAUCAAAAGGCAGCAGAUAGGAACGUUUAAGCUGGAAGUAGGCCCUGAAUGGGGUGAGGGCAAACCGGUGAUUCUUUUUAAUGGCUGGAUAGGUAUUGGCAAAAACAAGCAGGAGAGUGGAAAACCAGGAGCUGAACUUCAUUUGAGAGUGAAACUGGAUCCUGAUCCAAGAUAUGUGUUCCAGUUUGAAGAUGUGACCACAUCGAGUCCUCAGAUUGUUCAGCUUCAGGGCUCCAUCAAGCAGCCCAUAUUCAGUUGCAAAUUUAAUCGAGACAGGUUAACGCAAGUAGAUCCAUUGAGCACCUAUUGGUCAACUUCUGUUGAUGGUGCUGGUGUUGAAACAGAAAGAAGAGAACGAAAGGGAUGGAAGGUGAAGAUACACGAUCUUUCUGGAUCUGCUGUUGCUGCAGCCUUCAUAACAACUCCCUUUGUGCCCGCAACAGGUUGUGAUUGGGUUGCUAGGUCCAACCCAGGAGCUUGGUUGAUUGUUCGCCCAGAUGCUUGCAGGCCUGACAGCUGGCAGCCAUGGGGAAAGCUUGAGGCAUGGCGUGAACGUGGCAUCAGAGACUCCAUUUGCUGCAGAUUUCACCUCCUGUCUGAAGGCCAGGAAGGUGGUGAGGUUCUCAUGUCUGAGAUCCUCAUCAGUGCUGAAAAGGGUGGGGAAUUUUUCAUAGACACUGACAGGCAGUUGCGAACUGCAGCAACUCCAAUACCAAGCCCACAAAGUAGUGGAGAUUUUUCAGGGCUGGGUCCCGUUGUCGCUGGUUUUGUCAUGAGCUGUAGAGUGCAGGGGGAAGGGAAGCACAGCAAGCCAUUGGUUCAGUUGGCCAUGCGACAUGUGACAUGUGUGGAGGAUGCUGCAAUCUUUAUGGCACUUGCAGCUGCAGUUGAUCUUAGCAUUGUAGCUUGCAGGCCUUUCCGUAGAAAGCUCAGAAAAGGGUCUCGCCAUUCUUUAUGA